CGCCGGCGCGCCAUACGAACGACGACGGGUCGCGCACUACGAGUAGGGCGCUGGUCGGCUCCGAAACCCCCGAAGAACAAGAAGAAGACGAAGGAAGAAGAAGAAGAAGAAGAAGAAGUGGAAGGAUACGAAGUAAGAAGAUACGAACCGGUGAGAAAAAGGGAAGAAAGUGGUAGAGAGAAGAUUUUACUUUAGGACGCGAUUUAUCUUUGAGAGAAAACUAUAGAAACGACUACUGACAACCCCUGUGUGAGCAGCUCGUCGAGGCCAAGAAAGCUGCAAGCUCGUUCUUUCUUUUCUUUUUGUAGCGAGAAAAAGCCCGAGGAACAAACGAAUCUCUCGGCUGUAUUGAUAUCGAGGUUUUCGUCGUGAAAAGUCGCGAGUGAAACAAGCGGACAGGAUGUCUUCAGCGAUCGCUAAAGCUUCCAAGUACACGUACCGCUCCACCGGCGGUGGUACUGCCGAUGUCAGCAUUGAAUACAGCGCCGACCUGAGCGCUCUCACCAGACUGGAGGACAAAAUCCGCCUGCUGCAGGAUGACCUGGAGUCUGAGAGAGAGCUGCGUCAGAGGAUCGAACGCGAGCGCGCUGAUUUAAGCGUGCAAGUCAUCCAGCUGUCCGAACGUCUCGAAGAGGCGGAGGGUGGCGCCGAAUCUCAAUUUGAGAUCAACAAAAAGAGGGACACGGAACUGGCCAAGCUGCGCAAACUACUCGAAGAUGUUCAUCUCGAGAGCGAGGAGACCGCGCAUCUUCUGCGCAAGAAGCACCAGGAGGUCGUUGUCGAUUUCCAAGAUCAGAUCGACCAACUUUCAAAAGCACGCGCCAGGGCUGACAAGGAAAAAUCGAAGUUCCAACAAGAGGUGUACGAGCUCCUCGCUCAGCUCGACAAUGUCACCAAAGAAAAGUUGAUGUCGAUCAAGACUGUGGAGAAGCUCGAAGUGCACGUAGCCGAGCUUAACGUGAAAAUUGAAGAACUGAACCGCACCAUCGUCGACAUCACCAGCCACAAAACCAGGCUCUCCCAGGAAAAUAUCGAGCUGACAAAGGAAGUGCAGGACUUGAAGGUCAGCAUCGAGAACGUUGUUUACCUGAAGACCCAGCUCGUUGGUCAGCUCGAUGAUGCUCGCCGUCGUCUCGAGGAUGAGGAUCGUCGUCGUUCCCUGGUCGAAGCCUCCUUACAUCAGGUCGAGACGGAAUUGGAAUCCGUACGCAUUCAAUUGGAAGAAGAAUCUGAAGCACGUUUGGACAUUGAACGUCAAUUGGUCAAGGCCAACGGUGAAGUACAAGUCUGGAGAUCGAAGUACGAGACCGAAGCUAAUGCUCGCGCUGAAGAGGUGGAGGAGCUGCGCCGCAAGUACGGUGCUCGCAUCCAGGAACAGGAAGAGCAAAUUGAAACCUUGCUCGUGAAGAUCAACAACCUCGAGAAACAGAAAUCUCGCCUCCAAUCUGAGGUGGAAGUUUUGAUCAUCGACUUGGAGAAGGCCAACGGAACAGCUCGGGAACUGCAAAAGCGUGUCGAACAACUGGAGAAGAUCAAUGUCGAGCUCAAGGCUCGUUUAGAGGAGAGCAUGGCGAUGUACGAGCAAAGCCAACGCGAUCUCCGCAACAAGCAACAGGAACUCCAACGUACCAAUGCCGAACUUGACAAAACUCGCGAGCUGAAGGACCAACUUGCUCGUGAGAACAAGAAAUUAGGAGACGAUCUGAACGACGCCAAGAACCAGCUGUCCGACAUGAACCGCAGACUCCAUGAAUUGGAACUUGAACUCCGUCGCCUGGAGAACGAGCGUGAGGAACUCGCUGCCGCCUACAAAGAGGCUGAAGCAGGACGCAAGAUUGAGGAACAACGCGCGCAGAGAUUGUCCGCCGAAUUGACCCAGCUUCGUCACGACUACGAACGCCGCCUGACCGAGAAGGAUGAAGAAAUCGAAAUCAUUCGCAAGCAGACCAGUAUCGAGAUCGAGCAGCUGAACGCACGCGUGGUCGAGGCAGAGACGAAGCUGAAGACCGAGGUGCAGCGUAUCAAGAAGAAGCUGCAGAUCCAGAUCACCGAGCUGGAAUUGUCCCUGGACGUUGCCAACAAGAACAACAUCGAUCUGCAGAAGACGAUCAAGAAGCAGUCGCUCACUUUGACCGAACUCCAAGCCCAUUAUGACGAGGUUCAACGCCAGCUUCAGGUAACCCUAGACCAACUGGGCAUCAGUCAACGACGUCUGCAAUCGUUGACGGCCGAGCUCGAGGAAGUGCGCGGCAAUUACGAAUCUGCCCUUCGUGCAAAGAGAACCGUCGAGCAGCACUACGAGGAGUCGGUUAGCCGCAUCAACGAGCUGACCACCAUAAACGUGAACAUCGCUUCGUCGAAAGCGAAACUCGAGCAGGAACUGGCUACCCUUGCCGGUGACUACGAGGAGGUGACCAAGGAGCUGAGAGUGAGCGACGAGAGAUACCAGAGAGUGCAGAACGAGCUGAAGCACACCGUCGAAAUCCUGCACGAGGAACAGGAGCGUAUCGUGAAAAUCGAGGCCAUCAAGAAGUCCCUCGAAAUCGAGGUGAAGAACCUCUCAGUAAGAUUGGAGGAAGUCGAGGCGAACGCCAUUGUUGGUGGCAAACGUAUCAUCAGCAAACUUGAGGCUAGGAUCCGUGACCUGGAACUCGAGAUGGACGAAGAGAAGCGCCGACACUCCGAGACCGUGAAGAUCCUCCGCAAGAAGGAGCGCAACAUCAAGGAAGUGAUGAUCCAAGUUGAAGAGGACUCGAAGAACAUCGCGUUGCUGCAAGAAUCGUUGGACAAAGCGAACCAGAAAGUCAGCAUCUACAAGAGGCAGCUGCAAGAACAGGAAGGCAUGUCCCAGCAAAGCGUAACCAGGGUCCGCAGAUUCCAAAGAGAACUGGAGGCCGCUGAAGACCGAGCUGACACCGCUGAGAGCAAUUUGACUCUGAUCCGCGCGAAACACCGCAGCUUCGUCACCACCUCCAGCGUGCCCGGAUCUCAGGUGUACCUCGUCCAGGAGACGAGGUCUGACCUGUAAUAACCCCAUCACCAUCGACACACCCCACCCUUUGCCACUUCGAACGCCACCUCGUCGUCUUUAGAAACGUGUAACGAGCAAACGACGAACAAACAAAAAAAAAAGGAAGAGCCUCGAUACGUCAUCGUAAAUCGAAAAGGCCGAGAAGAGUUUCCAACGGGCCGCAUCGCCGCGAACAUCGUAGAUAGAGCUAAAGAAAACAGAAGAAAAGAAAAAAAAAACAGAGAAGGUCGGAAAAUCGUGACAUCUUUGUUGUUAUCCACGAUCUUUGUUACGACAGCGCCCAACGACCCGUCGUAAAUUCGGAAUACUUGGCCAACGAGACGCGGUACCCGUCGCAACGAAACCAAACGUGAAAAAUACCGAAAAAAGGCAAAGAUUCAUCAUGAAGAAAAAAAGUCAAUCAUCCUGAAACCACACAACAUCAUCGUUAUUCGACCUAAUUAUUUAAUUAAUGAACGAUCAGAUGAGAAAAUUCAAAUAUAUGAAAAAAAAAAAAAGAAUGAACAACAAUUCGUUAUAUCUUCCUUGUAUCUAAUUAUGUCAGCAUCACGAAGCGUAAGGAGUGGAAAUAUAUAUGUAUAAAUAAAAUCGAAAAAAAAAAAA